AUGCAAUUAGAGAACAUCCUCCCCAGUGCUCUACCCAAGACUUUUUACAACCUCUCCUCGUCGGACAGUGCCAACAACAGUCCGAGGCCGCCGUCGCAACUCGAUUAUCAAGAAGUGGAGCGAGCGGAAGCGGAGUCCAACAGUGCUCCUAAAAAAUACCUGCAGGGGAACGGGAUGUUAGGUGACCCAGAGGGAGACACGUUCUCUAAAACCGGCCCCGAUGGGAGGAAAGGCUCCCCGGUGCUUGGUGAGGACGAACUGACCAGCGGUCGGCGGUACAACUUAGACGAACUGGGUUCUGAUCGCUAUUUCAUCUCGUCAUCUCAGGCGAGUUCCGACAUGGCGAGUCCGUGUUCCUUAUUUCCGUACGCGGGGCAAACUGGCUCCGUUUACACGGGCACCACCGGGUCCAGGUACCCGGCUUCACUCCAUUAUGGAUCAGUUUUGCCGCCCGCCGGGUUCUCAUCUCCGUCCGUGUGCACCGGGCGGACCCAGUUCGGCAGCGGGGGGUACCAGUUCAGUCAGGGGCCCGGCUGCUUGUACCCGUCUUAUCCCGGGACCGGCAUCAGCUCCAUGUCUUUGCCGGGAUCCGGCACCGGCCCGCGGGCGCAGGUGUAUCUUUGCAACCGGCCUCUGUGGCUCAAGUUUCACCGGCAUCAGACUGAAAUGAUUAUCACCAAGCAGGGCAGACGGAUGUUUCCGUUCCUGAGCUUCAACAUCACCGGGCUGAACCUCACGGCCCAUUAUAACGUCUUUGUGGAAGUCGUUCUGGCCGACCCGAAUCACUGGCGUUUUCAAGGAGGAAAAUGGGUCACUUGCGGCAAAGCGGACAAUAAUAUGCAAGGUAACAAAAUGUACGUUCAUCCUGAAUCCCCAAACACUGGCGCUCACUGGAUGAGGCAAGAAAUCUCUUUUGGCAAGUUGAAGCUGACGAACAAUAAAGGGGCCAACAAUAACAACACACAGAUGAUAGUCUUGCAAUCCCUACACAAAUAUCAACCACGGCUGCACAUUGUCGAGGUGACAGAGGACGGAGUGGAAGACAUGAGCAACGAGGCCCGAACUCAAACCUUCACUUUUCCUGAAAACCAGUUUAUAGCCGUCACCGCUUACCAGAAUACAGAUAUCACACAGCUGAAGAUUGACCACAAUCCAUUCGCAAAAGGCUUUCGGGACAACUACGACUCAAUGUACACAGCCCCCGAGAGUGACAGGCUGACCCCAUCUCCAACAGACUCUCCACGAUCAACCCAAAUAGUUCCCGGUGCUCGCUACGCCAUGCAACCGUUCUUUCAAGACCAGUUCGUCAACAACUUGCCCCAAAACCGCUUCUACAGCAGCGAACGGGCCGUGCCCCAAACCAACAGCCUGCUGUCACCGCAAACCGAGGACGCCACCGCCGCCGCCUCAGCCCAGCGUUGGUUCGUCCCACCGGUACAGCAGCCCGGCUCCAACAAGCUGGACCUUUCCUACGACAAUGACUAUUCCACCAGUAGUCUGCUGUCCUACGGCAUCAAACCUCUAUCCCUACAGACGUCCCACGCCCUUAGCUACUACCCGGAUUCGGCCUUUGCCUCCAUGGCUGCCGGAUGGGGCACAAGAAGCUCCUACCAGCGCAAGAUGACCACAGGCUUGCCCUGGUCCCCUCGGCCAAGCCCGCCAGCCUUUGUGGAGGACCAACUGGGGGCCACGAAAGACAAGCUCCCGGACGAAACGGCACCGUCGACCACCGCCUGGAUUGAGACUUCUCACUCGCUGAAAUCUGUGGAUUCUAGCGAUGCCAGCGUGUACUCCAUGGUGUGCAAGAGGCGCAGGAUGUCCCCCGGGGGUUCCAGUACUGAGAACUCUCCCAGCAUAAAGUGUGAAGACUUGACCGCUGAGGAUUACAAUAAGGACAACCCAAAAGGCAUGGGUUAUUAUGCAUUCUACACAAGCCCCUAA